AGGAAUCUGAACUUCAAAAUUAAUUAAACAAUAAAAUUGGAGUAAAAUAGGAAAAGAGUAAAAUAAAAGAAAUCAACCAACGAGGUCAGGUGGGUAAGACUAUGACAUAAAACCCAACUAAUGGCUAUCAAUUUAUCAUUUUGUCGACAAAAGGCCACCUAAAAAUUACUUGGCCCUUAACAACAUCACUUUACCCGUUUGAUGAAAGUUGUCUGAGAAAGAGAAGAACUAGUAAUAUUCUAUCAUGAACUGGUCAAGACCCGCUAGCAUCAUCAGCAGAAGAUGGAAGGGUCCAUGGGGGCUAAAACACACUCUUCAGGCAGUGGCAUUAGCACUUUCUCUAGUACUUGCAUUCUCAGUUUUUAUGGUGAGAGAUCGUAGGAAGAUUCUUGAUCGCUCAAAUGGUUGCCCUUUCUCUGCCAUAUUCAACUUCGGCGAUUCGAAUUCUGAUACUGGCAGCAAAUCCGCAGCGUUUCAUCGACUUCCUUAUCCUAAUGGCUACUCUUUCUUCAAUAAGCCAUCUGGGCGCUACUGUGAUGGGCGUGACAUCAUUGAUUUCAUCGCUGAGAAGUUGGAAUUACCGUACUUGGAUGCUUACUUAGAUUCUAUUGGGACAAAUUUUCAGCAUGGUGCAAAUUUUGCUAUUGGAGGCUCUACAAUACAGCCAGUGGAUGGUAGAAUAUUUGAGGGUGGUUUUAGCCCCAUUUCUCUUGACAUACAACUUUUGCAGUUUGAACAAUUCAAGGAACGAACUCUUGAGCUAUACAAUGAAAGUAGAAGCUCUUACAUCAUGAGUAGGCUCCCAAGACCCGAGGAUUUCUCCAAGGCACUAUACACAUUAGAUAUAGGACAGAAUGAUCUUCAUGCUUGGAUUAAGUCGAUGACUGAGAAGCAAAUGCUGGAAUCUAUACCCAGUAUCAUUACUCAGUUUGCUCAUGCAGUGGAGAAACUGUAUCAACUGGGAGCAAGAAUAUUUUGGAUACACAAUACUGGUCCUAUUGGUUGCUUACCUUAUGAUGUUAUAUAUUAUCCUCCAAAGCCUGGGGAUAAGGGCCAAAAUGGUUGUGUGAAGUCCCACAAUGAAAUUGCCCAAGAAUUUAACAGACAGCUGAAAGAUAAGGUGUCCCAGCUUAGAAAGCAACUCCCCGAUGCAGUACUUACUUGUACUGAUAUCUAUACAGCUAAGUAUUCAUUAAUUUCUGAAGCAAAGAAACAGGGUUUUGCUGAUCCACUUGGAUAUUGCUGUGGAUAUUAUGGGGAUUACCGUGUUCCAUGUGGGAAAAAUUCAAUGGUGAAUGGGACAGAAAUUUCUGGGGAUCCAUGCAGCAACCCUGAACUCUAUAUUAGUUGGGAUGGCAUACAUUAUUCUCAGGCUGCAAAUCAGAUCAUAGCUAACAGGAUUCUGGAUGGCUUCUUGUCAGACCCUGCAACUCCCAUCAUUGAAGCAUGUCACAAGCCUGUUCCUUUGUCAAAAUGAGCAUUGAUCAUAACUUUCAUACAAUUUGAAACUAGCAUUAACUAUUCCUUUGUUUUGAGUGUAAUCAUUCUCAUGAAUUCUUGUUUCUUACUUUUUUUAUUUGAUUCAACUUCAGGUUUUUCUUUGGUAAAUAUUCAACAACUCGAAUGUUCAUGUUGUAAAGAAAUGGAUCAAUUUUGGCUUAUUUUACUGCAACUGUUGAACUUUUUGUAGAUCAGAACUUCAGAAGCAGCAAGGUUGAACAGGAGCCGAGAAACUUAUGUUUGUGACUCUGCUCUUAAGCUUGUCUCAACAAUUAUAGCCAUUUUUAUUGUACUAUUUUUGUGCUGAAAAUGAACCGUUAAGGUGAUACAGACAAAUCUUUGUGUGCUGGGUGAGGGGUGUCUCCUCAUCCCUUGGCUUUGUAGCUGACAAAGAUGGAAAGCUAUUUUAGACAGGCGGCUAGUCAAACGUUGUAAUGCAACCGUGACUCAACUUUUAAUCCAUUGGCAAGGUUCCUCCCCUGCUGAUGCUACUUGGGAAUAUGCUGAUGAGAUACAGUUGUGCUUUCCUUUCUUUUCCUUGGGGACAAGGAUUCCUGGGAAGGGGAUUAUUGUUACAGACGAAACGGUACGUGUAGAGGAAUGAUGUUGGCGGGAGAAUAAUGGUUUCAAAACCAAUAAGAGAAGUUGAUAGGUUGAUGGAUAACAGAAUAGCAGAGCUGUUGUGUUGAGCUGGAAUUCGUUGUAACUAAUUGGGAAUCUGUUGUAAGUCCAUAUGAUAAAUAACUGUAAUUGUGAAAAUGUUGAGUGUGGAAUAAGAUCUUGAGAAUUCUCUCUCUCUUCA